AGCGUGUCUUACAAGGCUGUCAUGGGCAGUUGUGAACGCUGGGAGCAGUGGCGAGAAUGUAUGAGCUUGCUGGUUGACCAGCACUUAGGUGGAAUCAAAACAAACUUUGGGGCCUAUGCGCUGCCAUUUUUGGCGUCGGAGAAGUCCAAGUGGGAAGGGGUGUCGCAGUUGCUUCGAAAUGCCGGAGACCAACGACUUGACUUCGACGCAACCUUGAAUGGUGCAGUGGUUUCAUCCACCAAUUGGAAGUGGUCCAUGAUGCUUUUGCGGGAUUCAAGAGUCCUGGUUGACUUAGACUGCCUGGAGGUUUCAAAGCCAUUUUUUGAUGGGGCAGAGUGGUCCGUUGCAUCUCUGCUGCUUUCGGAGCUGCAAGAGAUGCAGCUCCAGUCGGACUCCGAAGCAUCCUUUUCACUGGCCUCCAGCCUUUGCAGGAAGGGGAUGUGGUGGAAGUCGCUCCUCGUGAGCCAAGAGCUUGGGCAGUUGGGAGUUACCUCAGAGGUCCUGGUCCUCAACAGCUUCAGUACAGCACUGCAGUGGAGCGAGGCUUUGGCAGCUCUUGGGCGGAUGGAGCCUGGACCUGGACUGGUGGACUAUGACGUGUUGGUGAUGGUUUGUUGGAAAUGUGAAGAGAAUUUCCUAGCGGCCCAACUCCUCAGGGAGUCCCAGGGCCUCCGUUCUCCCAUCUCUUUUCUCUGGGGACUUUCUGUCAUACACGAAGCGGAUCCCGGGGUGAUUCAUGCCGCGUGUCUGGAUGCCUGGGUGGCACUGAGGGAAGCUACAGGACCAUCGGACUUCGACUUGAUCACUGCAUGGAGGGCCAGUGCAGUUCUGGGCGCUGGCAAUGAGAGGUUUCACCAGUUCUUGGUCGAGCGGGUCAGAGAUCGCCUACCAAAACUGACCUUGGAAGAGUUAAGUUUUGCGGUGCAGGGGGCUGCUUCUACAACUGCACCCGUGGAUUUUUAUUUUUCCGUUCAAGCUUGUGGCCUUGAAUUCUUGAGGGACGGGCAGGUGGACUUAUCCUUUUCAAAGGACGGCCAGGAGAUCCUAUCGAUGGUUUUUGCAUGUAAAAUCGCAGGGGGAGAGAUCUCUUUCGUGUCUUCCGUGUUUCUUCGCGUCUUGCGUGCUGCCCUUCGGCGUCGUGGACGAUGGAUGGACCGCUCCGCUCGGAAGGACGUCCGCAAGGAGCAAUCGGUCGUCCCCAGUGACAAAGUGGAGGUGCCAAUCAUCGCCAGCGGCGGUGCUGACCGACCUGUGUUGUUGAAACCUCCAGGCUGGGAAGUCUACAACGAGAGGGUCGAGGCAUGCCCUCAAUUGCUGGGCUACGUGCAACGAACUUUGCCGCUUCGCCCCAUACAUCAGGACGUGGACCAUAACUAUGGCUUCUUACAUCGCUUGGACGUGCCGAGUAGCGGCCUGAUUUUGUUGGCGCGAAGUUAUGAAGCCUUCUACGAUUUGCAGUUGCAACUAUACAGCGGGUGGAUGGUUCGCGAGUACACUGUGCUGUGCCAUGGCAGCUUGUGCUUGACUAGGAACUGGUUGGAUUUCAGGCUGUUCUAUCAGGGAUCAGCACCAACCAAAGCUGGUGGCAGAGGGAAAAAGUCCGUUUCCCGUUUGUCAGUGGAAUCUUUGUAUUUUGAUGCCUCUGGCGCUUCGUUGACGCUCACACUUUGGCGCAUCGAAACUGGGCGACGGCAUCAAAUCCGUAGCCAAGCAGCUCAUGUGGGUCACUGCACAGUGCGAGAUAGGACCUACGGCAGUUCAGAGACCUUUCUGGCCGAUGCCCAGAUCUGCGAGCGGAAUUGGCUGCACCGACAUAGCUUGACCUUCGAUGUCGACGGCGAAGUCUGUGAAGUGAGUUGUGAGCUGCCUCCGGACUUGCGACGAAGCCUUGCAAUGUUGGUGAAAAAGGGGAUGGUUGAAAAAUGGCCUAGGGAAAAAAAACACCAAAAAUCGUGGUUGCAUGAGGGUUGA